UUCUGAGGAUGCCUAUAUAAAUUUAUUCUCAAGUGAGUUUAACUGCAAUCAUGAAGUUGUUUUUAGUGUUGGCGGUUUUGGCGUUUGCCACAGCUUUACCAGUUAAUCGUCGAUUCUGGUUUAUUCCGGAUGAUGAAGGAAAAGUUCAUUUAGUUGAUACGCAAAGUACCCCAAAAAUCAUUGAUCCAGUGGAUGGAAGGAACUUUACUUUUUACUUAUAUACGCCGUUAAACAAAGAUGAACCUUUUAUUUUUAACGGUGAAGAGUUGGAUUUGCUUUUCGAAGCGGGAGUUUUCGACCCAAAUUUGCCAUCUUUGUUUACAACUCAUGGUUGGGGUGGAUCUGGAGAGAGUACCAGUGUAACUGGUGUUAAAGAUAGCAUUCUCGCUUCGAAUGAUUUGAACGUGUUUUGCUUAGACUGGAGUGGGCCAGCUGGGGAAUUCUACACUUUAGCUAGAUCCUAUGUAAACCCCGUAGGUGAUUUAAUUGGAGAGGCAAUCAACGAAAUUAUUGAUCAUUAUCAAGUUGACGCCUCCACCGUUAACUUAAUGGGCCACAGCCUUGGUGGUCAAUUAGUUGGACGUAUUGGACGUACCGCAUCGGGAAGAUUAGGUUCUAUCGUUGCUUUAGACCCAGCUUGGCCAGGUUUCUCGUUGGACAAUCUUGAUGAUCGUUUGGAUACCACCGACGCUCAAUUUGUACAAGUCAUUCACGUCAAUUCUGGCUUUUUGGGGUAUCCUUAUUCGGUGGGGCACGCCGAUUUCUAUUUAAACGGAGGCGUUAAACAACCAGGAUGCGGACCAGACAUAAUCGGAACGUGUUCACACUUUUUGAUCAAAGAUAUGAUCUUGUACACGUAUAGCUCAGCGUUUAUGGCCGUUAAAUGCAAUUCCUAUGAAGAUUAUGUAGAUGGUGGAUGUAGUGAUAACUCCCAAUCGUAUUGGGGAGGAUGGCCAGUUGAUACAAGUGCUAUUGGAGAUUAUUACAUGGAUACUGAAGGGGAACCACCUUUUGUGAUUGAAUCUUAAUUUUAUUCUUAUUUUGAUUGUAAAUCAAGA